UUGUUUUGGAAAAAUGAAAAAGUGGGAAAUCAAGAAAAAAGGCAAAGUUGUCAAAUAUUUCAAGGCUGCAAUCUGCAUGUGAUGAUUUUUAUUAUUGUAUAAAUGUUCUAAGUGCGGCUAUUCUUGGGUUUUGCUAGUGAUAAUCGCUGUAUUCUUGUGGUGCUGUGAUAGAUUAGUGGAGAAACCGGACCUAAAUAACAAUUCAAAACAAAGACGAAAUUUCAAAACAACAUGGGUUAUUAUUGUACUGUACCACAAUGCACUUCCAUGGCCGGCAAGACGAAAAAUGUAAAAUUUCAUAAAUUUCCGGCCGAUGAAGUAAUGUCUCAGAAGUGGAAUGAUAUAUUGAAACGGGGAAAAGCUGUUACGCCAUAUUCUAAAGUUUGCAGUUUGCAUUUCACUCAAGCUGACUACAACGUAACUGCAAUGGGUAAGAAUAAAGGACAAUGGAAAACAUUGAGCAAAAACGCAGUGCCAAGCCAAAAUCUUCCAAAACUAAACCCAGAUGGUUCAGUGAUGAUAAUACGCAAGUGUCGAACUACAAAAUCUAGUAAGAAGAGGGAUUGUUCACAGUCUCCCAUCAUUUCUCUUUCUCAUGAGAAAUGGUACCAGAAUAAAAUUGUACCAGAAUCAAAGGCGGUGUCCGCAAUGUCGUUGAGCAACUCAAGUCAGAUAGACAGCAUAUUCUAUUUGAAAGAAAAAGAGAAAUGGUGUGCCGAGGAAGCACAACUCACUAAUAGCCGAACUGUCCCAGGGGGGUCUAUUUUGGCGUUUCAUCUUCAAUCAAAGCCAAAGGAGAAACCCAAAAAGCAAGACGCCAUGAUGCAAACAGACCCAGUCACGGAAGACGAGUCGACUACAGACGACAAACAAAUCUAUGACUACAAAAAAGAUUACAUUCCACAGACUAACGAAGAGUACAAUAAAGAAGCCGAGAAGUACGCGUUGGAGAGGAAAAGUCACUUUGAGAAAAGCAUAGACAAAGAAAAGAGUUAUAAUAAGUCUUUAUAUAAAGCCAGCCAAGACCUGUAUCUCCAAGACAGUGUUGGUGUUUUGAGGAAUCAACAGCAGAAUUUGUCAUUGCUGCAAGAGCAACAUAGGCUCAACGAGAACCAGAACUUCUUUAAUGAGAGUAAUAUAAAGCAGGAGUUUAAGAAUGAAGAAGAUACAUUUGACUCAUCUUCAAUGUACAACAACAAUGAAAGACUGAUGAUGGAGCAGAUACAGCUCAACGUGAAGCAGGAACCGGAUCUGACCAAUAACAAUGGGUGUCAAUUGAUUCAGACACAAACCAGUCCGUACUAUUCCACUGCAAGCGGACAGAAUGUGGCCGUCGAGUACGUCGGACCGAUGACGGGCGCAGGGGGAUCUCGACCGGGACCCGAGCUGCUCAUCGCGAAACAGAACGCUCUAGCGGCGCACACGCAGCUCUGGCAAAACACGAUGAAGAGACCGUUCUUCUACACCGAAAACAACCAGUAUGAUUCACCGCCGGCCAUACAGAGAUUUGAGACCGUAGAUGAUGAAGCGGUUGAAGAAGGCCCGAAUCAUGGUGAAGUAGAUUAUUCAGGAGAUCAAGAAGAUACCGACAAUUUGCCGCCAGAUGGUGUACCACGUGAAGUUUUGGAGGAAGAAGGGGAGUUUGAAAUAGAACAAGAGAGAUAAACAUGCGUCGUGAACUCUUGAACAUCACCGAAAAUAUUCUUGCCCCAAGGACAUGCCGAGAAUACUUCAAUAAUAUUCAAUCCUCACACGAUACCUAUAUCAGGUAUAUGUGAAUAAAUCUUUGUGAACAUUGACAUUGUGAUAAUAUAUAUUGUAAAUAUAAAAGAAAAACAACGGAUCAUAGUUAAGUAUAGAUUUAUAUAAUAUUUUCGUUUCUUUAUUAUUAUUUUUCUUAUCCGGUUAUUAAAGAAUAAUUGGGUAGAGGACAUGCAUAAAAGUCAAUAAUGUUUUAUGCAGGCAUAAUAAUUAUGGUAUUUAAUCAUAUGUGAUUGAUUUUUAAAGAAAUAUCUAUUUACCAAGUAUAUUUUAGUUAUAAAAGUAUAUAAAAACAGUGUGGAAAUUGUUGACAAAGGUCUCCAGCGGCGGGCGGGCCUGAUUUCGUGUCUUGUCAAUGUUCGCGAUAGAUACUUUGAACCGCGAUUUUAUUAAUUAAGAAAUAUGAACAAAUAUUUAUUGUUAACACUAAAUAUAGUAUGUUUAAUUUGAACUAAUGUGUCGAUAUGAUAGAGCGUCGAUACGUCGUAACUUCAACAUCGCGGUUCGGGUUUAUAAAGUGCAAAAUAUAAAUUGUAUAUUAUAUAUCUAUUUAUGUCAUCCACCCAAUUAUUGAAGAAAUCGCUUGUUUUACGUAUUACGUAAAGAGAUUAGAGAAUAUAUAUGACAUAGAGCAGAUAACUCUAACAAAAUAAGUUAAUAAAUCUGUUAAAAAAUGUUUAAGUCACUUUCAAGUGAACGCCCGUGCUUUUUAUCUCUCUUGCAAGAUUGUGGCCUGAAAUUAGUAUAUUUUCCCACCUGGAUUAAAGGCAUUCUUUUAGUCCCUGGUACGAGGGACAAAAGUGGCCGAUUCUCUCCCGGCAAAACGACUUUUGUUACUCGUACCAGGGACUAAAAGCGAGCUUUUCAUGCAGGUGGGAAAAAAAAUCGUAUACGCACCACGUGAGUGAGAUAAGUAGGACAUUGCCACCCGCGAUUAUCAAUAUUCAGUGGGUGAGAAUGGCCUACUUUUCACCCUAGGUGCGUAAUAUACUAUUCUCAUUACAGUACAAAAAAGCGUCGAUGUAGCAAUAGCUAGAACCGUUGGCUCUCAACCACGGAGCUUUCGGUUCGAUCCUUGCUAGCCACUUACCAAUGUUUUCUGUUUUCUCAUUCAGAUGUAUUCCUCUGGUGUUACAUAACGCUCGUUUGUCAACCUCUUCAAUAGAAAAGGCUGGACUUUAUAUAAGUUAUUUUUUUUUUGUAUAUUUUAUGCUGUGCAAUAAUUUGAAUUAAAUACCAUUUUCUUAGACUGUUGUAAACGCCCUCUGUAGUUCGGUAGCUAAAUUAUCUUGUAAUUAUUUUAGUACUUGUUUAUAGGUGUUGGAAUCUAGAUAGCGCCAUUAUUGCUUGGGAUCAAUGUUUUAAGAUGAAAAGUUUUCCAAUUGUCGCUCUAUGUAAUUAAUUCUCUUCGACGAGUUUGGACUCUAAUGCAAGCAAAAGUAUACAUUCUAUGUGCGUAGCACUGGGGCCGUAUCUGACGAAAGUCUUAUUUUACGUAAUGUAGUGCGCGUAUCACUAAUAUUAAUAGAAGAACAUUAAACGUUGAUAACAUAACUCAAAGUAUUUUAAAAGAAAUAUUGUUAAAAAAAUGGCCGCUUUGCACGCAUGUACAAUGACGUCAUAUCUUAUGAACAUAUAGUACAACAACUGCAGAGGAAUUGUUGAAAAUUGACAUACAAUGUCUUCGUCAUAAUGUCAAAAAACUUAUUAUUUUUAUUAUUAUGAGUAUAGUCACUGUUAUGGGCAGAUUACAAUACCGAUUAACAUUACGUGAGGCUCUUUAGGUAUCUUUCCUUAAAAAGACUAUGAUUAAUCGAUAUUUAAAAUAGUACGGUCCCAUUCAGCAUACUUACAGCUUUUAGCCUUUUAUUAAGCCUCUAUGGGCUAUAAGUUCUAUGUUCCCAGUACUACAUAUAUUUUACCAUACUUAGACUAUUUGGUUACCAUUAAGUAUAAUUUUGGAAUUAAAAAUUAUUACCAUUUCUAUUGGCACAGUGCUAUUUUUACAUUUAUCCACAAUAUCAAGCAUCAAAGUCAUCUACUAUAAAAUUGACAAUUUUGAUAGGAAAACUUUUAUGUUAGGUUAUGUUUAGGGGCGUGACUUUUUUGGCUCCGCCCACAUAACUCUUUUGUGAAUUCUGAAUAAUAUAAAAAAUGUUUAAAUUGGAUUUAAAAAAAGGUUUUAAUAGAAUUUUGCAGAGUAACUAACCUAUUUCUCUGUGGGAACAGUAUUAAUAACACUGUGCCGAUUUUGAUGAGAUUCGGCUCGAAAUUUGCAUGUGAGCAAAAGUUAGGUGAUAUUAUAUCGAAUUUACGAGACGUCGUAAUAUUAUGGUAAAGUUAGCUGUAAGUAGUAGAUUAAGUUGUCAAAUGGAAAAUUGUCACGAUUUUUUUUGUAAGUAUCGGUUUUCUCUAUUUCUGUGAUAAUUUUAAAUUUCGAAGGAUCGUUAUUAUUUUUUUUUUCUAAAAAAAAUUUAAUUUUGAAUUUAUUUAUUUAACUUUAUCUUUCACAUUUAUUAUAAUUUUUACUUAUUGAUUUUUAUUUUAUUUUGGUGUUGUUCACUUGCAUUUUUAAGUUUAGGUGGUCCAAGUACAAUAACGCACAGCAGUGGCCUACUUGUGUUUAUUGCGAGUUUUCGAAAAAUUAUAUGUAGUAGGUACUUAAUGCGUUUUACAGGAAUUUCUGUUAAUAUUCCGUAUUGGUUCUGUAGACCUAUAAUAACAGUCGUUUUAAUUAAAAUCCCUCUUUUAUAAGACACUAAAAAAAAGUAUUAUUAUUACUUGUAUCUAUAGGUAUAAUUUCUAGAAUGACGUGAAAACUACAUAUUGAAGUUCGCCAUUUAUGACAUUAGAACCGAAUGUUUUUUUUUUAUUGUGUGUUUUUUUCGCGUUUCCUAUCUUUCAUACAAUAUCAAUGUCACACACCUUUACGAGGAAAUUGGCAACGCUGCAUACUAAGGGCUUGAAAUUAUGAAUGAUUGUGUGAGGUACACAUAGAUAGUGCAUAUUUUCCAUUGAUAAGUUAUCAGUGUCACUAUCUUACUUUUAUUUAUUUUUAAUAUUAUAUCUUUUGAUUAACUUUGUCAGUGUAAGUUUGGCAACGUCGCUAAGAUUAGGACAUGACACACUGGUUACAAUCAAGACACAAUGUACAUUUUUUUACUCCCAUAAUAAUAAGCAUUUCAGAACACGUGUUUCUUGGACUUUUCUUUUUCUUCUUAACCCUAAAGUUAUGGGAAUUCAAUAUAAACCUCGUUGUAUUUAGACUAAGCACGAAGUAUCCAAUAAAACUAGAAAAAGCCAGAAAAUGAGUCAACUUUGAAUAAAAUUUUACAAAUUUUUUUCUUCACAACUGAACAUCAAUUCUCAAACACGUGCUCUCUUUAAAAUGAGAUGCUGAUUAGUACCUCAAUACAGUAAUAGAACAGUACUUUUAUUUGAUACUAGAGCGACCGAAUCGACUCACGCACACAUACACACAAUUUACAAGGCCGCUAAGCAAUCUUGGGAAGACCAAACUAUUGACUGCCUCGCCGUAUACCGCCGAGACUGGUCGCUGUCCGAGUUAGUCGUCAAUCUUAUUGUAUGUACCAACCCUAGCGCUCCGCCCAGAUGUAGGUAUAAAUUUCAAGGACACCGCUGAGUUACGCUACUGUGUAUAGUACAUAGUAUGUUUUCGAAGGCUCGCAAUAAAACCUAGUUUACAGCUUAGAAGCUUAUUUAUCAUAGGUUAAGGAAACGGCGGGAAAGUGGAAAUAUAAUACGUUGAACCGUGCCAGGGCGUACCACUUUUAAAAUAUUAUUUAUUUUUUAUCUGUGGACGCCCUAAUAAAGACCAAAGUUGUAAAGAUAUAGGAGAGUUAUAAUGAGAAUUGUUUGUUUUCUUUUUAAUAAUUAGUACAUAUUAUACAGAAAGUAUAUUUUAUUUUCUUUUUUAUAGAAAUUAUAAUUAUAUGAGUGAGAUAUUAGGGAACGGUUUUUAUGUCGGAUUUUAUAAUUUUGCCUCUUUCUUUAAACAUAUAACUUUUUGUAAUUGUAUACUUUAAUUGAUUUUUUUCGCGUUUUAUAAAUAUUAAGGUAGUAUCAUUUUAAUCAAAUUUAUUUAAUAAUUUUUAAUAAUCAAUCAUGUCCAAUGUGAUUUAAAGCGAAGAAGCGCUUAAGUUAGUUUUUCGGUCGAUGACCUUAGUUCUAAGUGUAUGACAAGGUUGGUUUAUAGGAGGCCAUCGUGAUUGCCAAACAUAAAACAAAUAUAAAUGGUGUAUAGAUAUCGUACAUUAUUAAAACUAAUCGGUCGAGUGUCAAUUUGUGGUAUAAAUAUGUUUAAUAUAUAAUACCUAAUGUGAAAUUAGAAAUAGUGGUGAUAUGAAAACCGUUCUCGUUAGGUUAAGGAGAGGUGUGAUAGAAGUAACGCUAGAUUUUGUUUAUAUUUUUGACAGCCGCGGCCAUUUUAAAUAAAUAUGUCAAAUAUGA